AUGUUUUCAUCCAACGUCUCUAUUGUAUCUACUUCAAACACUACAGGCUACUGGCAAUACAUUUUUGAAAAAAUUAUCUUUUUUGAUCUUAUCUUUUUUCCUCUUUUUUUUCUAUCUUUCUUUCUUUCUUUCUUUUCUUUCUUUCUUUCUUUCUUUCUUUCUUUCUUUCUUUCUUUAUUUCGGGUUUUCUUUACUUUUUUUUCUUUUAUUUUUUCUUUUUAUAUUUGUUUCCUCCCGAAUUUCAAAUUGCCUUUUCUACCUUUCUUCUUUGUACUUUUCUUUCUCUCUUUCUUUCUUUCUUUCUUUCUUUCUUUCUUUCUUUCUUUCUUUCUUUCUCUUUUUAAUCUUUUCUUUUCUUUUUUUUACAAUCGUUUCCUCCCGCAUUUCAAAUUGCCUUUUCUCUCUAUCUAUCUUUCUUUCUUUCUUUCUUUCUUUCUUUCUUUCUUUCUUUCUUUCUUUAAUUUCUUUUCUUUUUUCUUUUUAUAUUUGUUUCUUCCCUCAUUUCAAAUUGCCUUUUCUAUAUUUCUUUUCUUUCUUCGUUUUUCCCUUUCUGUUACGAUUUUCAGUUGUCUUAUUUUUUACCUCCCUCUCUCUCUCUCUCUCUCUCUCUCUCUCUCUCUCUUUCUCUUUGGUGUGUCUACUUUCUUUCUUUCUUUCUUUCUUUUCUUUUUCUUUUCUUUUCUUUCUUUCACUUACGUAUUUUCAUUAUCCAUUACCAAUAUUUCUUUUCUUUCCUUCCUUUUCCUUCUUUCUUUCUUUCUUUCUUUCUUUCUUUCUUUCUUUCUUUCACUUACGUAUUUACUCAUUAUCCAUUACCAAUAUUUCUUUCUUUCUUUCCUUCUUUCCUUUUUUUUUUUUUCUUUAACUGACGUAUUUCCCUCAUUAUCCAUUACUAAUAUUUCUUUUUUCUUUCUUUUUUUCUUUCUUUCUUUUUCUUAUAUGUAUUUCCUCAUUAUUCAUUACCAAUAUUUCUUUUCUUUCUUUCUUUCUUCUUUUCUUUUCUUUCUUUCUUUCUUUCUUUAA